AUGAAUAUGCCAAAAACUGUGCGAGGAUUGCAGUUAGGCCACGCCCAUAUAAUGAAAUGCGGUAAUUCAAACAUUUUAUUGAAGGUCUAGACUUGUCCUGUGCAUUUUUUUAGCUUUCUUGAGUUGGAAGAGCCUUUUUAAUAUCUCUAAAAAACCUGCGAGUUAUCAAAAACGCUCUUUCAGAUCAAGAAAUCUCGAAAAUGCACAGGACAAGUCUAGACCUUCAAUAAAAUGUAUGGAUUACCGCAUUUUAUUAUAUGGGCGUGGCCAAAAUGCAACCCUCUCAUAGUUUUUGGCAUAUUCAUUCCAUCUAACUUCUAUUAACCUAACACAUCUGUCAAAGAAAAAGUGGGCGUGGCCAAAAUGCAACCCUCGCACAGUUUUUUUUUCCGGGAACAGUUGUUUUUGCUUUCCCAAUUAGACAAAUCUAGAUCUUCAAUAAAAUUUUUGAAUCACUGAAUUUUUUGGGCGUGGCCUAUAUGCAACUAUAUGCAUAGUUUCUCUGCAAAAUCCCCCUAUUUCCUACAAAACCCAUCAUAUUUUUUUCCAGAAAUGACCGUCUUGCUUGUAAAAAAGCGCUCUAUCAACUCGAACAACACUUGGUCAAAGACGCUUCGGAUUCCUCAUAUUCGGCAAUAAAUUCCGCGAAAUACGGUUUCUUCUGUCCGCGAACACCACUUCGACCCGGUCGAAUCUUCUUCAUCGCCGAACCAAUGUAUGUGAAAAGCGAGCAAAAAUCGCAUGCCGAUAUGCAAAAUCUCGAAUGUCUGCCGAAUAUCGAAGUGUCGUUUGUGGCCAACGAGACGAAUUGUCAAUUGUUCGGGGCGCAAACUGAGGCACACGCUUGUGUUUGUUUGAGAUUCUCACAUGCCAUGCUGUUUUCGCAUAAGACAACGAGGAAAUUGGAGAGAUUUAUUGCGAAAAGUCCACUGAUUCGACAUUAUACUAAUCAGUAUAGAUAUAUGAGUGGAAAAGAUAGAUUUGUUAGUUUAUUUUGCAGUGGUUUUCGAUCUACUGAUUAUGAUUCCGUUGACAAAAUCUGGGCUAUUCAGUUCUGACGUGGCAAAAUUUUGAAAAUUGGGACUUUACAAAAAUAAAAAAUAUUUUCAAUGAAAAUCAAACAGCACAGUCUAGUUGAAUAAGGUCCAAAUUCGCUCGAACAUGUAUUUCGGAUAUUACAUAGAUCUAAAGUUUUCAGCGAUUCGAAGUGAGAAAUCGGCGGAUUCCAAGCGAUUAGUCGUCAAUUUUCGAGCGAAAUAGCGUGUAUUUUUAGGAUACGCAAAUUAAAAAGGAUCCCGCGACUAAUCGACGAAAACUCGGAAGUUAGUCGCGGGAUCUUUUUUAGUCUGCGUAUCUUAAAAAUACACGCUAUUUCGCUCAAAAAUUGACGACUAAUCGCUUGGCAUCCGCCGAUUUCUCACUUCGAAUUGCUGAGAACUCUAGAUCUAUGUAAUUUCUGAAAUUUAUGUUCAAUUGAGUGAAUUUGGACCUUCCUGAUCUAGGCUGUGGUGUUUGAUUUUCAUUGAAAAUAUUUUUUUUAUUUUUGUAAGGUCCUUUUGUAAUUUUUAUUUUUUUGCCACGUCAUAACUGAGCUACCCAGAUUUUGGCAACGCAAUCCUGAUUAGCUACUUGAAAACUAUUUUAACAUUAUGUCAGAAAAUGUAUUUCAGACCGAAAACUUGCAAAUAAUCACGAAAUUCCCUGAAAAAGUCACUCAACAUUGUUAUGAUAUUGAUGUCGAAUGUCUGACGAAAGAAAACGAUCCGGUUCUCGUUGAAUUAUACAUCAAAGAUUUGAACAUGUUAGCCGAAGUCAUCGGAAUAAUUCGAAGUGAAUGGAUGCAUAACAGUUUAUGGGAAUCGAUGUUGGCAAUGUGCCAAGGAAAAUCGCCGGAGAAAAAUGUGGCGGCGGUGAUGAUGAAGACGAUUGUUGCGCGAAAUCGAUUCGAAUUCGUCUUCUCGACGGAGAAUGGAUUGGUUAAUGUGAAUAUUUGUGAGAAUGAGAUUGGAAAAUGGAGUGUGAAGUGUGUUGGGAAUUUUGGAGAAGGUGGAUUGGACAGAGAGAUGACUGAGGUUUUGAUGAGGUUGGUUGGUUUUGGUGGGGAAAUGAAAAAUCUAAAUUGCCACGUCAUAGUUCACGUUUAUCCCAAACGCUUAAUUAAAAAAUCUGAGAUUUGAAGUUUUUGUUCAUUUUAUUCACAUUUCUGAAUUUUCUAUGGAAAAACUGGGGAUUUUUGAUAAAACUUCAAAAAGUUCAACAUUUUUCUCCCCUUAUAAAAAACGAAAUUACUGAAAACUUGGCGUCACAUCAACUGUGUAAACACCGCUUCGUUUUUUGAAUAUGAAAAAUGAAAAAAACAGCUGAAAACCAUGUUUUUUCUAAAAAAAAAUUCAAAAUUAAUCAAGAAAAUGAAAAGCGACGACGGAAAAUGCGCCAGUCUUUGUUGCCGUGUUGACACAAAAAUAUUAUUCGAAAAACCAGAGCAGUACACGUGUUCGAAUUGGAAAACGAGCAAGUGCGCUCCACUGCCAAUUGCGCCAAUUUUUUGAAUUCUAAUGUUUUGAAAAGGUCACUUCCUGCCUUUUUUAUGUAACGGCUUGUUUUUUUCUUUUUUUUGGCAUCGAUCUUGGCGGCGUGUUCUUGCGCGGUUGCAGCGUGGUCUCAACAUUUAUGCGCUGUGCAGCGGCGGCUUGUUCUUGCGCGGUCGCAGCGUGGUCGCAGCGUGGUCGCAGCGCGGUCGCAGCGGCGGCUUGUUCUUGCGCGAUCGCAGCGUGGUUUCAGCAUUUUUGCGCUGUUCAAUGUUUGCAGCGGCGGCUUGUUCUUGCGCGGUCGCAGCCGCGUCUUGUUCUUGCGCGAUUGCAGCGUGGUCGCAGCGCGGUCGCAGCGGCGGCUUGUUCUUGCGCGAUCGCAGCGUGGUUUCAGCAUUUUUUGCGCUGUUCAAUGUUUGCAGCGGCGGCUUGUUCUUGCGCGGUCGCAGCGUGGUCGCAGCGGCGUCUUGUUCUUGCGCGAUUGCAGCGGCGGCUUGUUAUAUAUAUAUGAGAAUUGUGCAAAAACGUUCAUCGCCAGUUGUGAUGAGACGACUUUCGAAGUGGCUCAUCAAAUGAUGGUGAAAGUAAGUUUUAAAAAACUUUGGUAAUUAUCAAAAUAUUCAUUUUUACUAGGACUAUGCUCGAUCCGCCGCUGAUCAAGAACGUCCACUUCCCCACGAACUUCGAUACAAUGUCAUAUCUCCUUUCUCAAGUUCUCGAUAAAUUCCCCGAAACCGCUGAACAACGAACCGGAUGGUAUAAUUGAUGAUUUUGAUGAGAAAACGAACAAUGAGAAUUUGGGAAAACAUUGCGGCAUUUGUAUGAAGAUUUUGAGAGACGUGGCAUAAAAUGUGUUAAUGAACUAGAUUUUCGAUCGUAUGAUGUUAUCACAUAAAUUGUUCAACGAGGUUUGUUUUUAAAAAAAUUUCUUGAAAUGAGACAAUUUUGUUUCAAAUUUCACGUCGUUUUAUAAUAAAUAAUAAAAAACGUGUUCAUAUCCAAAAUCUCAUUUUUCAGAUCAGAUCAGAUCCAAAGCUGUUAAUGUGAUCACAUCAUCUUAUGGUAGAAAUGCUGGAUAUCCACUCGAUACAUUUUGCUCGCUUCUCGCGUAUGAUUCAAUUGACGAUUUGAAAUCAACCCUUGAUAUUUAUGGAUUAAGAAUAGAUAUGGAUGGAGAUCAAGUUGUCCUAAAUCGUGAUUUUCUAAGCCUAAAUGAACCUAUUCCAAUGCGACCCUAUGAAUGGAUUGAUAAGAAGAAAAAUGGAAGAAUUGGGAAAAAUGAAUUUGGUUAUUGAAAGUUUAUCGACGAAUGUGAUUGAUCAAAUUGUUCGAGGACUUGUUGAGGAAGAAAAAAUGAAGGAAAAAAAUGCGACGAUUGAAAAUGAGAAACGAAGAAAAGAGGAAGAACAACGAAAAAUUUUGGAAAAUCAGAAGAAACGCCGUGAAAUUGAACAAAGAAUGGCGAGAAGAAUCCAGCGCGAUCGCAGCGUGUUUUUUUUGCAGCUGCAGCUUGUUCCAGCGCGAUCGCAGCGUGUUUUUUUUGCAGCUGCAGCUUGUUCCAGCGCGAUCGCAGCGUCUUUUUUUUGCAGCGGCAGCUUGUUCCAGCGCGAUCGCAGCGUGUUUUUUGCAGCUGCAGCUUGUUCCAGCGCGAUCGCAGCGUGUUUUUUUUGCAGCUGCAGCUUGUUCCAGCGCGAUCGCAGCGUCUUUUUUUUGCAGCGGCAGCUUGUUCCAGCGCGAUCGCAGCGUGUUUUUUGCAGCGGCAGCUUGUUCCAGCGCGAUCGCAGCGUGUUUUUUGCAGCUGCAGCUUGUUCCAGCGCGAUCGCAGCGUCUUUUUUGCAGCGGCAGCUUGUUCCAGCGCGAUCGCAGCGUCUUUUUUUUGCAGCGGCAGCUUGUUCCAGCGCGAUCGCAGCGUGUUUUUUUUGCAGCUGCAGCUUGUUCCAGCGCGAUCGCAGCGUGUUUUUUUUGCAGCUGCAGCUUGUUCCAGCGCGAUCGCAGCGUCUUUUUUGCAGCGGCAGCUUGUUCCAGCGCGAUCGCAGCGUGUUUUUUGCAGCUGCAGCUUGUUCCAGCGCGAUCGCAGCGUGUUUUUUGCAGCUGCAGCUUGUUCCAGCGCGAUCGCAGCGUCUUUUUUGCAGCGGCAGCUUGUUCCAGCGCGAUCGCAGCGUGUUUUUUGCAGCUGCAGCUUGUUCCAGCGCGAUCGCAGCGUCUUUUUUUUGCAGCGGCAGCUUGUUCCAGCGCGAUCGCAGCGUGUUUUUUUGCAGCGGCAGCUUGUUCCAGCGCGAUCGCAGCGUGUUUUUUGCAGCUGCAGCUUGUUCCAGCGCGAUCGCAGCGUCUUUUUUGCAGCGGCAGCUUGUUCCAGCGCGAUCGCAGCGUCUUUUUUGCAGCGGCAGCUUGUUCCAGCGCGAUCGCAGCGUCUUUUUUUUGCAGCGGCAGCUUGUUCCAGCGCGAUCGCAGCGUCUUUUUUUUGCAGCGGCAGCUUGUUCCAGCGCGAUCGCAGCGUGUUUUUUUUGCAGCUGCAGCUUGUUCCAGCGCGAUCGCAGCGUCUUUUUUGCAGCGGCAGCUUGUUCCAGCGCGAUCGCAGCGUGUUUUUUGCAGCUGCAGCUUGUUCCAGCGCGAUCGCAGCGUCUUUUUUGCAGCGGCAGCUUGUUCCAGCGCGAUCGCAGCGUCUUUUUUGCAGCGGCAGCUUGUUCCAGCGCGAUCGCAGCGUGUUUUUUGCAGCUGCAGCUUGUUCCAGCGCGAUCGCAGCGUCUUUUUUGCAGCGGCAGCUUGUUCCAGCGCGAUCGCAGCGUCUUUUUUGCAGCGGCAGCUUGUUCCAGCGCGAUCGCAGCGUCUUUUUUGCAGCGGCAGCUUGUUCCAGCGCGAUCGCAGCGUGUUUUUUGCAGCGGCAGCUUAUUCCAGCGCGAUCGCAGCGUGUUUUUUUGCAGCGGCAGCUUAUUCCAGCGCGAUCGCAGCGUGUUUUUUUGCAGCGGCAGCUUGUUCCAGCGCGAUCGCAGCGUGUUUUUUUUUGCAGCGGCAGCUUGUUGCAGCGCGAUCGCAUGCGUGUUUUUUUUUGCAGCGGCAGCUUAUUCCAGCGCGAUCGCAGCGUGUUUUUUUUUGCAGCGGCAGCUUAUUUCAGCGCGAUCGCAUGCGUGGUUUUUUUUGCAGCGGCAGCUUAUUCCAGCGCGAUCGCAGCGUCUUUUUUUUGCAGCGGCAGCUUAUUCCAGCGCGAUCGCAGCGUUUUUUUUUGCAGCGGCAGCUUGUUCCAGCGCGAUCGCAGCGUUUUUUUUUUGCAGCGGCAGCUUGUUCCAGCGCGAUCGCAGCGUGUUUUUUUGCAGAGGCAGCUUGUUCCAGCGCGAUCGCAGCGUGUUUUUUUGCAGCGGCAGCUUAUUUCAGCGCGAUCGCAGCGUGGUUUUUUUUGCAGCGGCAGCUUAUUCCAGCGCGAUCGCAGCGUCUUUUUUUUGCAGCGGCAGCUUAUUCCAGCGCGAUCGCAGCGUCUUUUUUGCAGCGGCAGCUUGUUGCAGCGCGAUCGCAUGCGUGUUUUUUGCAGCGGCAGCUUAUUCCAGCGCGAUCGCAGCGUGUUUUUUUUGCAGCGGCAGCUUAUUUCAGCGCGAUCGCAUGCGUGGUUUUUUUUGCAGCGGCAGCUUAUUCCAGCGCGAUCGCAGCGUCUUUUUGCAGCGGCAGCUUGUUCCAGCGCGAUCGCAGCGUCUUUUUUGCAGCGGCAGCUUGUUCCAGCGCGAUCGCAGCGUCUUUUUUGCAGCGGCAGCUUGUUCCAGCGCGAUCGCAGCGUCUUUUUUGCAGCGGCAGCUUGUUCCAGCGCGAUCGCAGCGUCUUUUUUGCAGCGGCAGCUUGUUCCAGCGCGAUCGCAGCGUCUUUUUUGCAGCGGCAGCUUGUUCCAGCGCGAUCGCAGCGUCUUUUUUUUGCAGCGGCAGCUUGUUCCAGCGCGAUCGCAGCGUCUUUUUUUUGCAGCGGCAGCUUGUUCCAGCGCGAUCGCAGCGUCUUUUUUUUUGCAGCGGCAGCUUGUUCCAGCGCGAUCGCAGCGUCUUUUUUUUGCAGCGGCAGCUUGUUCCAGCGCGAUCGCAGCGUCUUUUUGCAGCGGCAGCUUGUUCCAGCGCGAUCGCAGCGUCUUUUUUGCAGCGGCAGCUUGUUCCAGCGCGAUCGCAGCGUCUUUUUUUUGCAGCGGCAGCUUGUUCCAGCGCGAUCGCAGCGUCUUUUUUGCAGCGGCAGCUUGUUCCAGCGCGAUCGCAGCGUCUUUUUUGCAGCGGCAGCUUGUUCCAGCGCGAUCGCAGCGUCUUUUUGCAGCGGCAGCUUGUUCCAGCGCGAUCGCAGCGUCUUUUUUGCAGCGGCAGCUUGUUCCAGCGCGAUCGCAGCGUCUUUUUUGCAGCGGCAGCUUGUUCCAGCGCGAUCGCAGCGUCUUUUUUGCAGCGGCAGCUUGUUCCAGCGCGAUCGCAGCGUCUUUUUUGCAGCGGCAGCUUGUUCCAGCGCGAUCGCAGCGUCUUUUUUGCAGCGGCAGCUUGUUCCAGCGCGAUCGCAGCGUCUUUUUUGCAGCGGCGGCUUGUUCUAGCGCGAAUUAUAUAAAAACAUCAAUUUUGAAUGAAAUUUCAUUGGAAAUCGGCACGAAUCAGUAAAUUUGUGAAAUUAGGCGGUGAUAUAUUUGAAACUAGUUUAGAAAAUGUAAUUUUUCAUCACAGGAAAAUUUGAGCAUUGCUCAGGUUAGCCUCGAUUCUAUAAAAAUUCAAACGUAAUUUUUUUUGAAUCAAUAGAUCGCUCUUUUUUUGAAUUUAUGAAAAUAAGCUUUAAUCAAAAUCGUGAACUGUAAUUCUCAAAAAUCUGAAAAUGUAGAAAGUUUUCCUAACUUCAGGAAAUUCUAGAUUCCUGAAAAUCCACAAAUUUACAAUUUUCAGCACUUGGAGCAUUCCGUGCACACUUUCCCAAUUCGUCUCCAAAUUCAAAUGCUCAAUCAAUCAAACAAUUGCUGAUGAUGAAACAACUGAAGACGAAAAAAUGGAGACAAGUUUAAAUUCUUCUUCUAAUUAUUUUGAUAAAGUUGGACGUGCUUGGUUGAUUGACAAAAAACAACAAAAAGAACAAGAACAAGAUGUAUUACUACUACAAAAAUCGGAAGAUGAAGGAGGAGGAGGUGAGUAGAAAUGAAAUGGGAUGUGAGUUCUUGAGAAGAUGCCUCCUCCAGAUUCUGAUUUUUGAAAUGAUUUUGGGAUUUGAAAAUUUGAGAUUUGCUUGAAAAUGUUUUGAAACAUUUGAUUUUUGAUGGGAAAAUUUUGAAAAGUCGACAAAAAAUCUUCAAUUUUAAAAUAAAACAUUGAAAAUCUUGAUUUAAAAAAUGAGAAAUUCUGAAAAAUCUAUUUAAAAAAUAUAACCUGAGCAAUGCUUCAUUUUUCAUUAAAAAUAUUAAUUCUAAGCAUUGCUCAUGUUAAUCUAUUUUCUUAACAAUUUUUUCCAGGCUUUAACCUGAGCAAUGCUCAAAUUCAUAAUUUUCAGGCAUUGCUCAUGUUAAUCAACUUUCAUUUCAAAAUUCAAACAAAAUUUAUUUACAAAAAUCUGAGCAAUGCCUAAUUUUUCAUUUAGAAAAUUAAUUCUAGGCAUUGCUCAUAUUAAAAUUUUACGAUAUUUCUGAUUUUUUACCUGAGCAAUACUCAAAUUAUCAUGUUUCAUAAACUCUAGGCAUUGCUCAUUUUAAUUUUUUCAAAAAGAAAAAUUGUAAGCUGAGCAAUGCUUAAAUUCAAUUUUUUUCGUAUAUGCUUUUUUGAGUACAAAUAAUCCUAGAUAUUUUCCGAUUUUUUGAAGCCUAAAUUAUAGUUUCCCAAAUUGGUCAAAAUAAAAGUUCCCUCCAAAAAUAUUCCCCAAAUUUCCAGCCACAACUCCCGCCACCACCAUCACAACCACAAUCACAGCUCCUCCAACAAAACCCGCCAAACUGCCCAAAUACAGUCGCCAGAAAGACAAUCAAUUACGCGGCGGACUAUUGGCAAUGUUCGCCGAAGUCGACGAGACCCUCAAACCGCAACCGAAACCCGAACCGCGAGCCAAACGAUUCGACUCGACGAACUCGAAUGUGUUCUCGGAUUUGGAACGAAUUCGAAUGUUGGCCGAAGCCGAUUUAGAUGAUAAUAUGAUGAGUCGAACACCGAAAAUAAUCACCGGGAUGGAUAGUCCGCUAAUGAGAUCACAAUUAUCAUCGAAUUCGAGUAUGAAUAUGGGAAUGAAUAUGAAUAUGAGCAUGAAUAUGAAUAUGAACAUGAAUUCAGCAAUGAGUCCACUGGAAACUGCGCGCCUUCAAAUGAAACAAUCAAUGGGUGCUGCAACUGCGGUCGCCUUAGCUAAUCAUACACCAAAUUCUGCUGGAAAUGCCAGGGAUAUUUUCGAUUUUCCUGAUGAUUUAUUAUCAUAUGGAAGUCCGAAUAGUCAAUUAUCAUCGCCGAGUUCGAGUUUUACUGGUCCACCUUCUGCUGGAGCCGGAAAUUCUGGAGGAAGAGGACAACCGAAGACGCGACGACCACGAACGAGAAAACCUGGCAAUACUGGAGAUCGCGAAGGAUUGUUGUCACCGAACUCAUCCGCCACACAUUCAGCUGGAAGUGUGAGAGGCGCGUUGGCGAGAAGAUCGAGGGGAGGAGCGAACUCGUCUAUGAGUCGCAAGAGUUCGGAAGUUGGAGCUGGAGCUGCUGCGUUUUUGGCGAAUGAGCAGAAGCCGAUGUUGUUGCAGCGGUCGUUUAGCGAUUUUCGUGGGUUUUUUGGGGGGGGGGGGUCAAGGAUCAGUGCUUAGAGACUUGAAAUGUCUAGUAGCCACGCCUAGGUAUCCUAGCUGUCAAGUGGUCGCGCCUAGAAAUACUAAUUUCCAAGGAUCAGUGCCUUGGGAGCCUAGUACUCAAGAAGCCGGCCCUUGAGAGCUUCUAUGUCAAGGGUCAGUGCCUAGAUAUUCUAGUUGUCAAGCAGUUAUCCCUAGAGAGCCUUGUUCUUAAGUAGCGGUGCCUAGAGAUACUAAUUGUCAAGGAUCAGCACUUUGAGAGCCUAGUACUCAAGAAACAGUUUAAAAAAAAGAAAUAAUUGUCCAGAAAAAUAUACGCUUCAAAAUUUUUGUUUAAAAAAUUCAAUGCCAUUUAUUUCCGAUUGUCGUUUCGUAGACAUGAAAAUUUUGAAAUUUAUUUUUUCUUACCAGACAAAAAUUUUUGAGCGCCGAAUUUUGUACAAGAAACAAAUGCUCUACUCAUUUUUGAUUUCAAACAGUUUUUGGUUUUUUAUUCAUAAUUUUAAAUAGUAAUUUUCAUUUUAUUUUUUAGAAAGAAAAGAAAAGGGAACCAAUUUUUUGAAACGUAUUUUUUCAAGACAAAAAAUUUAAGAUUUUGAACUUUCAGAAUCACAUUUAGAAACUUUAAUCAAUAUUUUAAUUUUCACUGAACUUCCAACUUCAAUUCUUUUCCGAAAAGCUUUAAAACUUUCAUUUUUUCCGUAAUUUUAAGAAAUUUGAAACGUAUUUUUUCAAUGCAAAUCAUUUUUUUGCAGCCGGCGCAGCCACUCCACAACACCUCGUUUCACCAAAUGUCAAUUAUGGAGAAGAGGAAUCAGAUGACGAAUGUGAUCCACCACCACCGCCACACAGCAAAAUGCUCACACCAAGAAUGGGCUCCGAUUCACCUGCACAUCAAGAUAUAAAGCCUGAUCUCAAACUGUUAAAACAGCAAAUGAGAGAAGAGCAGGAGCGGAAAUUGUGGGAAGCUGCGGAAAAACAGCGAUUGGAGCAAUUGAGCAAGCAGCAAAAUGAGCAACAAAAGAAUGUUGAGGAGAAACCAGCGAUUGUUCAGAAAAAGAAGGGAUUGGAAGCGAUGAUUUCGAAAUUGGUGAAAGAUCAGGAAGUGAAAUUGGGACAACAGGAUAAUCAACAACAACAAAUACAGCAAGGGACACCGAAUAGAGUUAGGUUGGUUAUUUUUGGAAUUUUUCUUUGAAACAGUGAGAAAUCUAACUUUUUUCCACCGAAGCACAAAAAAAACUAAAUAAAUCAACUUUAUCAAUUAUUUUCUUGAGAAUUUGAAACAGUGAAGUUUUUUUUUGAAUUUUUGAUUAGAAUUCACCUGGGAUUACCCCUUUCACUUAAAAUUUAUUAUCAUGAGAUUUUGAAACAGUGAAAAAAAUAUUAGAAUUACGAAAAAAAAUUCAAAAUAUAACCAAUUUCGGAAUUACCAGCAACACAAAAAACUAAACUUGGAUAUUGGAAUUUUGAAACAGUGAAAAAUUUAUGAUGUUGAAAAAGUUUUCAAACCGAAAUUCACUUGAAUUUUUUGAUGUCAAAAGCAAGAUUUUUCUAAAUUAGGUUGCAAAUUAUAAUUAGAAGUUAAAUUCGGAAUUUAUAUAUUUAUUUCGACAUAGUUUCCCGCACGUUAAAAUUUAUUAUCACGAAAAUUUGAAACAGUGAAACAUUUUGAAAAAAAAAGUAAAAAUUACUUUUGUUUGAAUUGUUUUCAAAUUUCUCCCCAUAUAUUAACGCUAAAAAUUAAGUUGAAAUUAUUAUUUUGAAAUUCUGAAACAGUGAAAAAUUUGAUACUAUUUUUACCUUUCCAAAAAAUAUCCCAUUUUUCCAGCGCUCUCAGCGAUAUCUUCGAUGAUGGAUUAUCUUCAUCUCCACCAACAACUUCAGCUUCAGCUUCAACUUCAGCUCCAACAAAACCCAAUGAAUUACUGGUUCCAAAAACCGAACCGGAAGAUGUCAGCAGCAAAAUCACUGUUUCAACGGACACCAAAAUGGUGCUAAAAAUCCCGAAAAUCUCGCGAAACUCUCCAUCUGUAGAUCAACAGCUCCUGAAACAGCAACAUCAGCUGCAAAAACCAUCGCCACCAAUCUCGAAAAAUUCGGGAAUGCCGAAAUUGGAAAAACAAGAGAAGAAGAAGAAGGAAAAAGCGGAGAAAGUGGAGAAAAUCAAGGAGCCAAGUAAUAAAAAGCGGAAAAAUGAGAGUGGAGAAGGGAAAAGCAAAAAAGAGCCGAAGGAGAAGAAGUUGAAGACUGAAGCGGUGGCUGCGGCUGUGAAUAUUAUGCCGACACUGAGUUUGAGGAAUUUCCGGAUACCGAAAAAGGAAUCUGAUGGGAAAGAGGAGGAAAAAGAGAAAGAGAAAGAAAAGGAGAAGGAAAAAGAGAAGGAGAAGGAACCAGCUCCGAUAUCAAGAAAAGAUUCUACGGAGCAUUUUGGCUCUUCUUCAUCUUCCAGGAAGAAAUCGCUGCUCCCACCGCAACCUCAACCACUUCCCUCAUCUUCCUCCACAAGUUCUUCAUCAUCAUCCUCUUCCUCUUCAAGAAAUCAAGGUCGAAAGCAACCGCCACCCUUGCCACGUGGCAUGUAUCCGGGUGGCAAUCAGAACCCGAGAUAUAACGGGCCGCCGGGCAACAACACGGGAUAUUAUAAUAAUCAGAAGACGGUGGCGAGUUAUGCGCAAGGAAUUCCGCCGGGAAGAGAUCCGUAUGCGUCGGGACAAUGGGUUAGACCGCCGUUGGCUAGAGAGAUUAGUAGUAGUGGCGGUGGUGGAGGACCGGGAUAUCAGUGAGUUUUUAGUUUGGGGAUUGAGAAAAAGUUGAAAAGAUUACCUCCAAUUUUUACAAUUUUUUUCGAAAAGUUUUGAAAAUUUACUGUUUCAAAAAGUUGGUAAAUUUCCAUGGAAUGUUUCAGAAUUUGUUUAUCCUUGUUUAUAAAAAAAAUAAAAUUACUUUUGUUCCAUAUCAAAAGUUCACUGUUUCAAAAAUUGCUGAAAAAACUGGGAAAUUUUAAUGAAACCAAGAAUGAGGUGGAAUAAUUUGACAGUUUCCUGAAUAAUUAUCUCUAAAAAAGGUUCAAUUUUGGUUUUAAAAUUUACUGUUUCAAAAAUUGUUGGAAAAGUUGAUGAAUUUUCUUAAAAUGAUUUUCAGAACAAAAGUUUAAGUAAAAAAUUACCUGACAAUUACAAUUUCUAGAAGAUUUUUCCCAUUCUAAAAAUUUACUGUUUAAAAAAAAAACAUUUAUAUCAAAAAUAUAUUUAUUUUCAAUAAUUUCAAAAUAAGUCAAAAGGCUUAUUUUUGAUAAUGAUGAUGGAAAAGCUGAUAAAUUUUCAUGAAAUGUUAUCAGAAUUGAAAAAAAAGUUUAAAUGGUCUCACAGUUUUUAAAAAAUAUAAUUUUAGCUCCAAAAGAGGUUCAAUUUUGGUUUUAAAAAUUUACUGUUCCAAGAAGUUUUGAAAAAGUUGGUAAAUUUCCAUGGAAUGUUUUUAGAAUGAAGGUUUAAGUCAAUAAAACGAUGUAUUUAAAAGAUUACCGGACACUCACAACUUCUAGUUAUCUUUAAAAAAGGUUUUUUUUUCAUUUUGAAAAUUCACUGUUUCAAGAAAAAAAUAUUUAUAUCACGUGAUUUGUACAAAUAGAUUUAUUUUCGAUGAUGAUGAUGGAAAAGUUGUUGAAUUUUCAUGGAAAUGUUAUCAGAAUUGAAAAAAAAGUUUAAAUAGUCUCACAGUUUUUAAAUUUAAUUUUAGCUUCAAAACGGUUUUAAUUUUGGUUUUAAAAAUUUACUGUUUCAAAAAGUGUUGGAAAAACUAGGAAAUUUUCUUAAAAUGAUUUUCAGAAUGAAAGUUUAAUUAUUCAAAACGAUGUAUUUAACAAUUACAAUUUCUAGAUGAUUUUUUUCCAUUCUAAAAAUUUACUGUUUCAAAAAAUAUUUAUAUCAAAAAUAGAUUUGUGUGCGAUGAUGCAAAAUUUUAGUGUUUCAGAAAGUGUUGGAAAAAUUAAUGAUUUUCCAUGGAAAUGUUAUCAGAAUUGAAAAAAAAGUGAAAUUAACUAACAGUUAUUCAGGAAUACAAUUUCAGCUUCAAAAAGGUUUUAAUUUUGAAUUUCAAAAUUUCCUGUUUCAAACAUUGCUGGAAAAGCUUGAAAUUUUCCAUGAAAUGAUUUUCAGAACAAAAGUUUAAGUAAAAAAUUACCUGACAAUUACAAUUUCUAGAAGAUUUUUCCCAUUCUAAAAAUUUACUGUUUCAAAAAAAAAAAAAACAUUUAUAUCAAAAAUAUAUUUAUUUUCAAUAAUUUCAAAAUAAGUCAAAAGGCUGCUGGAUUUUUCUGAUUUCCUGACAAUUUUCGAAGAAUAUUGGAGUGUUUCAAAAUAACCAAAUUAGUUUUUUCAUUCUAAAAAUUUACUGUUUCAAAAAAUAUUUAUAUCAAAAAUAGAUUUAUUUCUAAUGAUAUGUAAAGAAAAAGUAGCGAAUUAAAAAUGCCGAGAGCCCAAUUAACUCAGCGUUUUUGAAUUCAAAUACUUACAAUUCUUGAAACAGUAAGUUUUUCCCCUAGAAAAAAUUGAAUAACUUCAAAGAUCACAUUCUGUUCUAUAAUUCUCAUAUCACGUGGCAAUACUUUUUUUCUUCUUCCAUUUCUCCAUGUUAAAAUAUAACAUAAAGUACGAACAAGUUCUACUGAAAAGAUAGAUUUUCUUCGAAGAUUGUUCUACUUUGUGUUCUUCUUGUUUUUCAGCUGCAAAAGCUCAAAUUUAAGCUGAAAUUCCAACAAAAAUGUUUCUGCAAAUAUUUAGAUUUUUCAAUAAAAUCCUCAAUUUUCAGCCAAAAAAAAAACAAAAUUCCAGCUUGAACCUCAAAUUUUCCAGCCAAUCAAGUAUUAUUUGCAGUUCUUCAUCAAAUCAUUCAUCAUCAUCUUCCUCGUCUUAUCAUCGAAAUAAUCCAAGUGGAGGAGGAAACAAUGAUCGAAAUGAUGAUAAUGGACCAGAAAGUCCUGAAGAAACCCUUAGAAUUGCCGAUGAAUAA